GGUUGCCUGCUAGCCGCUCCCCUCAGUCCCGCCCGGCAGCGCUCCGCCUCCUCCAGGGGCCGAGUAAUGGGCGGGCAAGGGGACGGGCCGGUUAAAGGGAGGCCGACCCGGGAGUGGGUGCCUCUGCCAGCGCCGUCUUAUCCCCUCGGUCUGGCCACGGCGGAGGACGCGCUUCGGUACCUCGUGGCACGGGACGGCCCAGACCCGAGAGGAAGCUGAAGCAUCUAUCUCCAGAAAUGUCUUCAGAAAGUAAAGAGCAAGAUGACCUUUCAUUCAAGGACUCCCUUGAAGGAGACGACCAGUACAGUCCUCCAUCUAGGAUCCAUCUGGAGCAUGAAAAGGAAUCAAGUACUGUCUUCAAGGAAGAGGCCAAUGAUCAAUGUAUACCUUAUCCUGGGAUCCAUUUGGAGCCUCAAGAGAAACCAAAUACUAACUUCAAGCAGUUUGUCAUGAAAAAACUACAAAAAAGUUGCCAGUGCAGUCCAACCAAAGCCAAAAAUAUGAUUUUUGAUUUUCUUCCUGUUCUGCGGUGGCUUCCAAAAUACCAGCUGAAGAAAAACAUUUUAGGAGAUGUGAUGUCUGGCUUGAUUGUGGGCAUCUUAUUAGUGCCCCAAUCCAUUGCUUAUUCUCUCUUGGCUGGCCAAGAACCUGUCUACGGUCUAUACACAUCUUUUUUUGCCAGCAUCAUUUAUUUCCUGUUUGGUACCUCCCGUCACAUCUCUGUGGGCAUUUUUGGAGUACUGUGCCUUAUGAUUGGUGAAGUAGUUGACCGAGAACUACAAAAAGCCGGCUAUGACACUGCCCAUAUUCCUCCUUCUUCAGGAAUGGUUUCAAAUGAGAGCACAUUAUUAAACCAGGAAUCAGACAGGAUAUGUGACAGAAGUUGCUAUGCAAUUACAGUUGGCAGCACUGUAACAUUUAUGGCUGGAGUUUAUCAGGUAGUGAUGGGCUUCUUUCAAGUGGGCUUUGUUUCAGUCUACCUCUCAGACGCCUUGCUGAGUGGAUUUGUCACUGGUGCCUCCUUCACUAUUCUUACAUCUCAGGCCAAGUACCUCCUUGGGCUCAGCCUUCCUCGGAGUAAUGGCGUGGGCUCACUCAUCACUACUUGGAUACAUAUCUUCAAAAACAUCCAUAAGACUAAUCUCUGUGAUCUUAUCACCAGCCUUUUGUGCCUUUUGGUUCUUGUGCCAACCAAAGAACUCAACGAGCAUUUCAAGUCCAAGCUCAAGGCACCGAUUCCUACUGAACUCAUUGUCGUUGUGGCGGCCACAUUAGCCUCUCAUUUUGGAAAACUAAAUGAGAAAUACAGCACCAGUAUUGCUGGACAUAUUCCCACUGGGUUUCUGCCACCCAAAGCACCGGACUGGAACUUAAUUCCUAAUGUAGCUGUGGAUGCAAUAGCUAUUUCUAUUAUUGGUUUUGCUAUCACUGUAUCACUUUCUGAGAUGUUUGCUAAGAAACACGGCUACGCAGUCAAAGCUAAUCAGGAAAUGUAUGCCAUUGGCUUUUGCAAUAUCAUCCCUUCCUUCUUCCACUGCUUUACUACUAGCGCGGCUCUUGCAAAGACAUUGGUUAAAGAAUCCACAGGCUGCCAAACUCAGAUCUCUGGUGUGGUGACAGCUCUGGUUCUUUUGUUGGUCCUCUUGGUAAUAGCUCCAUUAUUCUAUUCCCUUCAGAAGAGUGUCCUUGGUGUGAUCACGAUUGUAAAUCUCCGAGGAGCCCUAUGUAAAUUUAAGGAUCUGCCCAAGAUGUGGAAGGUUAGCAGAAUGGAUACAGUUAUCUGGUUUGUUACUAUGCUGUCCUCUGCACUGAUAAGUACUGAAAUAGGCCUGCUUGUCGGGGUUUGUUUUUCUAUGUUUUGUGUCAUCCUCCGCACUCAGAAGCCAAAGAGUUCAUUGCUUGGCUUGGUGAAAGAGUCCGAAAUCUUUGAAUCCACGUCUGCCUACAAGAACCUUUGGACUAAGCCGGGCAUCAAGAUUUUCCGCUUUGUAGCCCCUCUCUACUACAUAAACAAAGAAUAUUUUAAAUCUGCUUUAUACAAAAGAACUCUCAACCCAGUCUUAGUGGAGGCAGCUCAGAAGAAGGCAGCAAAGAAAAAGAUCAGAAAGGAAAUAGCAACUCUCAGUAGAAUCCAGGAUGAAGUUUCAGUGCAGCUUUCCCACGACCCCUUAGAGUUCCACACCGUGGUGAUUGACUGCAGUGCAGUGCAGUUUCUGGACACUGCAGGGAUCAACACACUGAAAGAGGUGCGCAGAGACUUCAGAGCUGUUGGCAUUCAGGUUCUGCUGGCUCAGUGCAAUCCCUCCGUGAGGGAUUCCCUGGCCCGGGGAGAGUAUUGCAAACAGGAAGAAGAAAACCUUCUCUUUUAUAGUGUAUAUGAAGCAGUGACUUUUGCCGAAGAAUCUCAGAAUCAGAAAGGAACAUAUAUUCCCAAUGGUCUGAAUUUUUCCACUGAUUGAUUGAGAAAGUAGGUGGAAGGAUGAAUACUGUCUAGCCAACAGGCUAAAAUUUCAGGUGUGUAACAUAGCAUCUGGCUUUUAAUUGGAAAGCACCAUUCCUCUCAGGCACAGUCUUAACAGGAGUCUGAUGGCUGAGCAGGUUUGUGAAAUCCCACCAGCCAGCCCCACAUUGUACAGAACACUUUUAGUAAUACAUUUGAUGUUUUAGUCAUGUCUUUUUGUUUAGGGUAAGUAGGUAAGAAAAGAGCUCUUUAUAAUCAGCAAAAAUAAUGAGAAUCCUCCCUGUCUUCUGUGGUCCCUAUCUGUCCCUGUUUCUGAGCAUUUCUCUACCAUUAAGCUCUGUUUUAGCUUUGUCAUUUACUAUGUUUCCCAUAGAAUCUGUCCUAACUGAUAACCAGUGUCAGGUUUGCCAGAUAAAAGGCAGAAAGCUGAGCCAGCAGUUUUAUAUAGCGUUUUAAAUGAGCCUGAGGCAAACUGUUAGGGACAGAUUGCAAAAAGGAAUGAUUGACAGUUUCCCUUAAGAAUUUGUUUAUUUAGCAGUGAUUUUUUUUUUCCCCUUCCCAUGGCAUUUUAGCAAGGGUCGGCUGGGGACUGACAGUCUUUCUCAUAUUUGAGAAGCCACUGUUCAUUACUCUACAAGGAAAAUGUAACCAGUAGAAAAGAGUGCACAGAAGUGAUAAAGUACUUCCAAAAGAACAUCAGUAAUUAAUUUAUAGAUGUUUUGGUGAAAACAAAGCUAAUGCUUACUGCCAUGUACCCUUUUGAUGUACAAUAAAUAUUGAUGACAGUGACAGCUUUCAACUCUUUGGGCCACCUAAAACUAUUAUGCAAGAGGAUUUGGAAGCAUUACAUUCAUACAACCCAAGUUCUGCAGGUGUAUUAUUUAUGAGAGCUGGUCACAGGUUGUGGCACAGGAAUAGUUCCUUUUGAAAAACAUGUCCUACACUGAAAGCUUAUAGUUCUGUAUCUGGACCUUAAUGGGUGAGGGAAAAAAAGUAAGUUUUCCAAAGUUAGGACUAAGAGACUAAUUUAUGUGAGAUUGAAACAUUUAGCCACACCAUUUAAAACAAAAUAAAAAUUGCAAAAGUGCUGAAUCAUUUUUUAAACCUACUCCUACUUUCUAAACAUUUUAAAUAUUUAUGAGAAGCAAAUCUUACAUCUGUUGGAAUGGGAUGCUUUUAGGCAUACUUAGCUUUCUUGUUGGCUCCAUAAACUGUCAAGUGUUGAUUUUCUUUUGGUAGAAAUCUGCCCAUCAGUUUACAUGGAAAAUGCCUUUCCAUUAUUAAAACAAAGCUGUUCCUUGGGAGCUGCAUUUCUAUCUUUGAGGUCAUUACAUGAUUAAAUGUAAUAGUGUCCUGAAUUUUGACAUCCUUUUAGGACUUAAGUCUAUAGAGUCUCAGAAAUGUUAACUACUGUUUGUAUUUGUGUGGUUUUUGUUUAUUUUUAGCCAAUAUUUGCAUUUUCUAUCUAGUCUUAUGAAUAGCAAUGGUAAAAUUACUGUGUCUUUGUCUGUCAUUUGUUUUUCCUCUCUCUUGUCUUUCCCCCAAGCCAGGUCUGAAUCCAUACCAUUAUAGAUAUCUAAUGCCAUUGAUGGAGUAUUGAGUACAUGUUCACGAUGACUAAUUUAGAAAAAACAAGUGCAGCAAAAAAAAAAAAAAAAAAAAGUCAGUCCAAAGAAUUUGGAAAAUCUCUUUGAAGAACAAAGUAACAGGAUUUGAUCUUUACCUGACAUUUCUGUCCAUAUGUGGGUAUAAAUAGUUCUGGAACUUUAUACAAUUAGCAAAUUCUUGAAUCGUAUUCUGGUUUAUUCUUCUCCCACCUAUACAAACAAACAAACAAACAAAUAAGAGAUUCUGCUUUUAGAAGCCAUUUAUAAAAACAUUUAAGUUAUCACUAUAAUUUAUAUCUCACCUUCUUCUCUGCUUGGAUUGAGGUCUACCAGCACUUACACAUUGUUCAGCUUUUUUGACUGCUAAUUUUUUAAAGGAGUCAAACCUGAAACCAAAGCCCAAUUCACAAACAAAACUAAUGUUUUCAUUUGCUUUCUUACUCAAGGACUUGGACUUUAGUCAUUAAAUGAUACUUUACACACUUGACUGAUAUGGAAAUAUCCUGCUUACUCUAAACUGUAGAGUCUAAAGGAAGCAUAUUCUCAUUGCUUAUUGACAGAUGUACAAAAUUCUGAAUAUAUUAAAAUGUCCAUUUAAUUGAAAUGUAGUGUGUAUACUAUUGAUGGUUAAAACUCUUACAACCAGAGGGAUGGAGUUUGCCAGUGCACAGAGAGAUUAAGGGUAAUAUUCAAGAGACAGGUGAAUGGAAUAGACCAUUGAAAAGACUAUCUCUGGCCAACCGAGGGAGGAAAGAAAGGGACUCAGUUGAAUAGGAUCCAAUUCUUGGUUAGCCCCACACAACAAUAAGGAGAUCAGGAGUAAGAGCCACACUUCUGCCGCACCUUAGUUUGAGAGCAAGGUCAGACUGGAUUGUUCCUAGAAGGGCAGGAGCACCUGGUAGCUAAGGUUGGGGUAAGAGCCCUGGUUGACGUACUCUAGAGCACUAGAUUGAGUGCCUGUAGCCUCUGAUGGUGGUAAAACUGACAGGUGUCUAGUUGACUUUUUUUUUUUAAGAAGAAGCAAAGGAAAACAAGGUUUGGAUAGUCUGACUUAACUUUUAAACGAUAGUAGACAUUGAAGCCAAAAUUUGUUGGUAAAUCUACAGUAUGGUAAAUGGUGAUCUUUAAAUAUGUGUCAUUGGUGUUAGAUGAGUUCAUUAGACUCUUUUAAUGUUGAUGACCACAUUUUAACAAGAAUAGUAGUUAUCUGCAGAGGUAUUCUGUUAGUAAUUUGUCAUUUAAGAAUAUAUUGGGUGUUAGCCAUGAUCUUAAUGUAAAAGUGAGAAAAGGUCUAUAAUGAAUUUCUUGGGAAGUUAAUUUGAGCCUACAAGUUACAAUGAUAAAUGGUAAAUUCAAGCUGUGUGAUGCUUAUUAAUGUUCUUAAUGGAUUAUUUUCUGCUAUCUAUUGCUAUAGGUGAGCCAUAGCAUCAAGGUAGACAAUAACUCUUAACACUUCUUAAGGAUCUAUGCAGGAGUCUAGGGCCAGGUGCCGGGACAGUAGUACUAAAUCCGGUAGGUGGGCUCUGUGGUAACUCUACUAGGUAAUACACAGGGGCACUUGGCUAAAGCUCAGCCUGGGCUGAGGGCUGAGUGGGAGGCAGACAACUGAUGCAAACAAGGAGGUGUUGAUGCCCUGGUCUAUUCAAGGAAUGAUUGCACAGUGAUAUUACUUUGCUUAAUUUUUCUGUUCUUUAUCUUUAAUGUCUUUUUUUUUUCAUAUUUUAUCUAUUUUAGUGGUGCCUUAUUUGAAAUGGCUUUAAAAACUGCAAAAAGAAAAAAAUUGGAUCUAGAAAGCUUUUAUAUUGUGAACUGAUUAGGCUUUUAUAUAUAUAUAUAUAUAUAUAUAUAUAAAUAAAGAUUUUAGAUAAUCAUGAAUGGAAUCAUUCAUUGGAGUGCUAAUAACACUCAAGUAGGCCAAAAUAAUAUAACAGCUAGUCUGUUAUAGCCUAUUAUUAAAGUAAAAUACUAUUGCAAUACUGUAAGUAUACAAUUUUAGGGUUUUUUUUUUUAAUGUUAGUAACUUUAGAAAUGGAGAAUUUAGAUGUGGGAGUGGGGGAGAUUUAUUUUUAUAAGGUAAUUUUUUUCCCUAACUAUAUUUUUAAAAGGUGUUUUCACCUGGAAUUUUAAAGUAAACAUGUUAAAUACAGUUGGGGAAGUUAAAUAAGCAUUAUACCAAGUAGUGGAUUUUUGUGUAUUUUAUUUUUCUCUUAGUGAUGUAAAGCUAACUAGGAGACCUUGAAUUAAAAGUAGGAGAUAAACUGAAUUAAGAAAACUGGAACAAUGAAGGACACUACGUGCUUUUACUGGAUAUACCAUGUUUGUAAAUCUACACUGGAACCUUAUAUAACCUUUCUUGGACUUCAAUUAUGGCUCUGAAAUCAGCCACAUAAUUAUAAUGCUUACUGUAAAAUAUCAAUGGCAGGAUUUUCUAACUGAAGGUUUUUUUACUUGGCAAACAGACAGGCAGCCUUAGCCAGAAAGGAUUUUUAACUGCAGUUCUAAGAAACUUUAAGGAGGUUCUCCUUCCCCGCUGCCAUUGUCCAUCCUCAAAGUAAUGUUCCAUGGAAUGAAACUGCUCUUGCUUUUCAAUUCAAAUCAGUUGGGAAAUUAGUUUGAGUUCUUGGUGCUGCCAUGAUUUCUCAAAAAUUAGUGUGAACAAACCAAUCUAUAUAAAACACUAACAUUUUUAAUCUCCUUUGCAAUUUUAUAUGCAAAUCAAGACAAAUUCAGGGUGGUAGUUGAAUGAACUUAAAUUCUCAUUCUUGUCCGUUAACUAAAAAAGUAUACUGCCCUUUUUUCCCCAUUAGUCAAGGCUAAUGACUUAGGAAUAUGUUUUAUACCACAUAUAUCUUUUUUAAUUAAAGCAAGUGCCUUGAUGUUAUUCCAUAUAAAUCAUGCCUAAGCCUCUAUGGGAUGAGGAUGAGUUAUUGAUGGAUUACAGCCUAUUGCGGGAGAGAGGGAGUUGAUUAAUAGCAGAUCCUUUUCUUCUGUAGGGAUAUGUUUGUGAUGUUUAUUAUAUAAGGUCUUAUAUGUGUUGAGGUCUAGAGGUGUCAUGUCAUUUUUCUGCCAAUAAAUUGCUAUUCUAAUAAAAUAA